ACAUUUAUAUCCGAGAUCUCAAACUAAUCCUAUUGUGGCAAUACGUUUAGUUCUCCAGAUUUCAAUCACUAGACAUUACUAUCCAACUCUACAAAUGUACAUAUGCGGUGAAAUCUCUGGUGUACCUCUUUGAAAGCCCUCAAGCAGCUGAUCUGGAUCUUUUGACAAUGCGACAUCAUGCCCAUCCAACUGCGCCAACGCCUUGAUUGCCACUAUUGUGGCCGAAGGUCAAAGUCGAGCAGGAAACAAGAUCGCAGAUUUCAGUGCGAACACUGUCUGGCUGUCAACUUCUUCGACGAGAACGGAGAAAUAGCAGACGUUCCUGUUGAAGAGGCAGCGCCAACGCAGCGCUUCGCCCAACCCGUGGCCACUGAUCCCCUGCAAGACGACUUCUCAGCGGCAGACUCCAUCUUCUGCUCGACAUGCCUCAAAAACCAGCAGCUUUAUACCUAUAAUCUCUCACAAUUCCUCCCCGAUCCUGACGACCCAGAAUACGACAAGUUGGAAGCAGAAUUACCGGCAUACAAGAAAAGUCUGGAACAGCGCUAUCCGCAAUGCUGCGCCCGCUGUGAACCGAGUGUGAGGGCAAGAUUACACCAAGCGACCUACAACGCGAGAAGUGAUCACCUACGGCGGGUCCUGGGGAAAUCACGACAGAGGAGAAUCUCAAGCAGGCUGGGUUGGAGAAGUCUCCUGGUCAGCGCCGCAGGGCUAGGGUAUCUUCUUAGCCUGGCUUUGCAGCUGUUAUGGCAUCUCUAUGGCUCGCAAAUCAGUGAACAAACUUUCAUGCCUGGAUUCCAGCCUCGACAUUGCAUCAUGUUUCGACAAUUUGUCUCUCCUUGUCUCGAUGUCAUGGAACCAGUCGUAGGUCUCUCGCUGGCCGCGGGGCUCUCGUGCAUUUGGUGGAAUCCCGGGUGGCAGCAUAAGCUAGCGAACAGUGCGGGGAGCUUAGACGGACUGGACAAGUACUAUCUUGUGCAGCUGGCUUUGCUGGGCUUGAGGUUCAGUGCCUGGAUUGUCAUUCCACAUGUACCACUCUCCACCAAAGUGGCCGCUAUGCUGCAUGCAUGCUUUGCUGUGGCGAUCGCGGUCAUUGCAGGGUGGUCCGUCUUUGGCAUCGUGAAGGUAAAGAACCUUCCUCCGGUGAAUUGGCAUGAAGAUCCUGCUCCCCUCCUGUCGAAGCAGCAAUUCGUCCCUCCACCAGAACAAGUUCUGCAGGAAACACAGCAAGAGCAGGAGAGGGGUUUCAACGUUGGAAAUCUUGGAGCAUCAGAGAGAUCGACCUACCAGGAAUGGAGGCCUCCUACUCCGCCAGAGGACAAUGCAGAUUCCAUGGACUGGACUCCAUCGCAACCGACUUUCAACCCUGAGCUCAAACAAGUUCGAUACCAAUCCAACGAACCAACACCCUUUUAUGGCACUCUUCCGGCACUCAAUGCCAAGGGUGUAAAGAAUAAGAAUCAAGCUGGAGCUCGAGAGGCAAUCGGUAUCCCGCCUGGAUUCUUUGAUCGGCCUCAGAAGUCCUCAAUACCUCCUCGUCAGCACGAAUCGUCUCGAGACGCUAUGGCGGAGCCCAGAUUCUUUCCACCAGAAAAGGCUGACACGGGGCUCGAGAACAUCUUUGGUACCGUGUUCUCUCUGCACGAUCGAUCGCUGGAUCGACCAUCCGCCAUUCCCAGAGGUCACGACACAGCAGCGACAAUCGCACAGCCUGCCACUGACAGCGAGCCAGAGCAGCGUCUGCACACGACACGUUCAAGCCCUGCAGUUUUCAGUGGCAUUUCCUUCUUCUUGCUCCUGAUAGCGGUCAUCGUGUGGAUCUUUGAAGCCGCCAUCGCGACGAACACCUCGUUGUUCGGAUAUUAUGUUGUUCUUCUGAGUGCUUGUAUCCCGGUCAGCCAUCUCAUAUUCGCGCUACUCGACAGUGGAGUCCAAGGACAAUUUGGGCACCUGUUGAUCUACACUCUCGAAGCGAGCUUCUUGAUUGGGAUUGCGAUGCUGCGAGACCCCUUUGGAGAACUUCUACGAGAUCUGUGGAACAAGAUGGGCGUUGCAGCGGUUGCUCUCUUGCUGCCACAACAAUUCCUACAGAUGAAUCAUGCAACCAGAAUGUCUGACCACAAGCCUGCGCAGAUCACGCAGACCCCAUAUGGCGAUAAUCAACAGAAAGGAGUUGGUCAUCAGGCGACUCCACGACCACCAACACUGACUCGAACUGAUUCUGCCGAAUCGAUUCAGAGCGAAGCCUCGAUCGCGACAACGUCCACUGUACCUGAGUGGGCAACGCCGAAACCCGAUCGGCCACGAUUCGAUGUCAACGCAUCAGUUGGAGCUACAGCACGGUCGAAAGCGCGACAACCGUCUGAUCGAAGCAUGUUGGGGCUCGAUAGUCUCACAUUGAGUGAUCGUCCUCCCACCAGCGCAAGACGAGGCAUGGGAGCUCGCAAUGCUUGGGGUCUUGAGUCUUCAGGAAUGAAUAUUGCAGGCCCAAGAUCAAGACGAGGCUACUAAUGAGAUGAAGCUUAACGACGAGACGCUUUUCCUCCUCAUUCACAAUGUCGUUCAGCGUUUUGGUAUGCGAUCUGUACAAAACGGAGUUAUUCUGAUGGUCAUUCGCAUAGCGGCAUUGCAAGGCGUUACUGGUUUGGUUUUGAAGCACGUUAAGAUGUAAUUUUGGAUGUU